GUCACAAAAACAUGACUUUUGUGACUUUUUGUGACUUGACAUAUAAAAGUUACACCAAAACUAAUUUUGUUAAUCCAAACACAUUUUAAAUAACAUCUUUUGCGAAAAGUCAUUCUACAAAAAGAACUUUUGAUGCUUAAAAACAAUUCCAAACACCCCACUGUAUACAACUGUUGGAGAUAGAGUACAAAACCAUCAUAAAUAAAACACAAUAGAAGAUUUUUUUUAUUUUUUUAGAAUUUUUAACGUCCUCAAUCAAGGAUCCAAUUAUAACACAAUAGAUGAAGGGGGGUUUCGAUUUACUUAUUUGAAGUGAUUAUAGUUUAUUAUGGUUUGACAUUGAUAAUAAAAAGUUUUAAAGUUUCGUUCCAAUAAAGUAACAUGAUUAGUUAUUAAAUAAUUUGUAUAUUUGUACUUUUAGGCUGGUGGGUGUGGGCAACAUAUUAAGACAUGUUAUCAUACCCAAAAUUCGCCAACUCAUAUGCCAUGUCAUCUUUAACACCAUUUGAUUUAUGUAGGAAAUGGUGUGCAAAUGUUAUAACAUGUUAAGAGAUACAAAGAGAGUUAGAGAGAGAGUAAGAUAAUGACUUUUGAUUGGUUGAUUCUCACGUUACUUCCUAUGGCCAUGGUAACAUUUCUUAACAUAACACCAAAUAACAUGAGAGGGGGGCGGUGUUCCGGUGUUAUGGCGCCGUUAUGGGAGUUGCCAAAUCAGCAUAACGCCUUAUGGCGUUGCCCAUACCGAGUAGACUUAAAAAUUGAUUAUGUCCGCUUCUUGUGAUUGAUUGUACUCACCUAAAACAGAAAUGCUUGGGAAUUAUGUUCCUAGUGUUGGACACGGACAAAAACAACCAAAUCCCGACAUAUACAUUCGAAGGUGAAAAAAAGAAAGAAAGUGAAGAAUCAUGAACAUGAUUUUUUUCAAGGGUGAAGGAAUAUAUUGUGGAAAUAGAGGGUUUACAUAUCAUAUCCCAUAAGAGCAUAUGGUAUGGGCAACUUGAAGUGGUGUUAUAACAAGAAGCAACAAGAUGAGGGAUGGUGUUUAUGGUGUUAUAACACCAUGUUAAGAGGAGAUAGAUAGAGAGAGAUAAUUUGGCAGCCAAUAGGUGAUUACGUUUCUUCUUGUCAUGGAGACAACAAGAAGCACCACAACAAGAUACAACAAGGAGGGGGGGGGGGGGUGUUUUUGAUGUUAUAACGGCGUUAUGGGCUGCCAACUCAGCCACAAGAAGAAGUAACACGACCCACACGGUUUGAUUCUAGAGGCUCACCAUGUCUCACGAAGAUUCGCAAACAAAUCCCAUCAACAUCUCAAACAACAUUGGAUCUACUACCAGGAUACCUAUACUCUACACUCAAGACUAUGAAGCAUGGGCGCAUCACUUUGAAGACUACGUGGUUGGAUCUGAAGAUAAUGGCUAUCUCAUUUGGGAAGCCAUCAUACUUGGACCUUUUGUUCAUUCGGGAACAAACACGACAGUUAAGACCCAAAAAGAAUAUAACAAGCUGGUGGCGGAUGAACAUAAGAUGCCACAGGAUGAGAUAGACAAGCUAUUGUGUAACGUGAAGGCCAUAAGAAUGAUAAGAUUCUCCUUGCAAUCUGACACGUUUCGUUUAGUUAGUUCAUGCACGACGGCCAAAGAAAUCUGGGAUAGGUUGAAAGAACUCUAUUCAACUGAUGAAGACUUGGAACACUCCAUUCAAACCUUGCUGCUGUCAGAAUUUGGAGUUUUCGAACAGAAACCAGAGGAGAAACUCAUACAAAAUUUCGAUCGGUUCAAUCAUCUCCUAAGCAAUAUGAUCAAACACGGAAUAGAAAGAAAGUUGAUUGAGCAGAAGGUGACUUUCAUGAACGGGUUGAGACCGGAAUGGAUGGCUGUGGUUUCUACUGUGAAAGCGCAUGAACAGUUUAAAUCUUACUCGCUAGCGAAACUUGUGGGAAUACUUAAGUCCCAUGAACGUGUAGUAACCAAAGAAGCGAAAGUGGUUUCUGGUGUGGGAUCGUUGGCUCUUGUCUCAAAAGGAAAAAGUGUUACAGAAGAAGAGGAAGAUUCUGAUAUGUCUGAGUGUGACCUUACAAGCGAGGAGUAUGCUAUGAUGGUCACCAAUCCAAAGAAGUUUGCAAGGAGAAAAUUUCCCUUCAACAAGAACAGAAACUGGCAGGGAAGUUAUAGCUCUAAGAAGGUGAAGGAUGAAACAAAAAUCUCCUCUAAAAAGGAUGAAGAUAAGAAAGAGAGCAAACUUGCAGGAGACUUAGGAUACGACUGCAAUUACUGUCACGGCAAGAACCAUUUUGCCAAGGAUUGCAUGCUAAGGAAAAUGGCUGAGAAAAGAGAUGAUGAAGAUGACGAGGCGUACUAUAUGCGCAAGUUGGAAGAGAUCAAUAAAAAGAAGGCAACUAACAGUUCUAUGAAUGUCUUGAUUGUACAGGAGAAUGCUGAUGAAGAUGAGUUUGGUGGCGUCGAAGUUUGGUCAACCGACUAUGAAGAUGAAGAGGUGAGAAAGCCCACUCAUGGAAAGGCUUAUGUGGAAAAGGAAGUAGGUUCGGCUGGAAAGUACCUGAUUGUCACAGCUAGUUCAUCAACCAAAAGUGCUAGUGAGGAACCGAACCUGACUGAAAACAAAUGUUUUGCAGCAAAUCCAGUUAGUGAGCAGAUCAACGACUGCGAUCAUUUGAUCAAAAAGGGUGACAACGAAGAGUGAGGAAAGACGAAUGUGGAUAGAGCUGAAGGAGCAAGAGUUAGUUAGGACUAGGGAUGAAAGUAUUUAUUUGCAAAGAGACAAUCUAAAGUUUUUAAAACAAAGGAAU